CGACACUUACCGCGCUGCUUGAAAAGCUACAAUUUUCAUUUCCUCACUUCCGGCCGGUGCACAGGAAGAGCGGUUUUUGUAUGAGAAGAGUGGUUCAGCAAUGCCGAAGUUCUACUGUGACUACUGUGACACCUACCUAACACAUGACUCGCCGUCUGUGAGAAAGACCCACUGUAGCGGCCGCAAACACAAGGAGAAUGUGAAGGACUACUAUCAGAAAUGGAUGGAGGAACAGGCACAGAGCCUCAUCGAUAAGACCACGGCUGCCUUCCAGCAGGGGAAGAUUCCAUCAACGCCUUUCUCUGGAGCUCCACCCCCAGGUGGCGCCAUGCUCCCGCCUCCAAACAUCAGUGGCCCACCACGUCCUGGAAUGCUGCCAGCGCCCCCUAUGGGCGGUCCUCCAAUGAUGCCCAUGAUGGGGCCUCCUCCUCAUGGCAUGAUGCCAGGUGGUCCAGGCCCUGGUAUGCGACCUCCAAUGGGCGGGCCUAUGCAAAUGAUGCCCGGACCCCCCAUGAUGCGGCCCCCUGCUCGUCCCAUGAUGCUGUCCGUCAGGCCUGGCAUGGCUAGACCUGACAGAUAAGUCCACCGCCACCACCACCUCAUCAUUAUCUACGAAAAUACCCUUUAUUUUUAUUUUUUGUUUCACUUCCGAAGUCCCAAACUAAGUAAGAUUCCCUUUAAUGACAUUUAUAGGGUUUUCUCCUUUUGGCGGUCAUGCUUUUCAUUUUUGAUUGGCCAAAGACCCUUGAGGGAAGCAGUCAGAUUUGAGGAUGACAGUGACAAACUUGUCGUGACAAAACUUUUUGUUUUUUUUUUCUCCUUUUGAUGUUGAUUUUGGGAUUUCCUCCAUCUCCUUGUGGCAAACAGCAGUGCAUCUUGCUUAGAUGUACAAUCCAGUUUUU